AUGGCGUCAAACAACAUGAUCAACCCGGCCGUGGACCCGAACAUCGAGGACGAGCUGUUCCUACAAGAAAUUGAGGCUGUCAAGAAGUGGUGGAGCGAUCCGAGAUGGAGAUACACGAGGCGACCUUUCACAGCCGAGCAAAUUGUUUCCAAGAGAGGUCACCUUAAGAUUGACUACCCAAGCAAUGCACAGUCUAAGAAGUUAUGGAAGAUCCUCGAGGGUCGCUUCCAGAAUCAUGAUGCCAGUUACACAUACGGCUGCUUAGAGCCUACAAUGGUCACGCAAAUGGCCAAAUAUCUAGAUACCGUCUACGUCUCGGGUUGGCAAUCAUCAUCAACAGCCUCGUCAUCCGACGAGCCUGGACCUGAUCUAGCAGAUUACCCUUACACCACCGUCCCGAACAAAGUCAAGCACCUCUUCAUGGCACAGCUAUUUCACGACCGCAAGCAGCGACAAGAACGCUUAAGCGCACCUAAAGCCGAGCGCGCGAAGCUAGCAAAUAUCGACUACCUACGACCCAUCAUUGCUGAUGCUGACACAGGUCAUGGUGGACUAACAGCCGUCAUGAAGUUGACGAAGCUGUUCAUCGAGCAGGGCGCCGCCGGCAUUCAUAUCGAAGACCAGGCGCCCGGUACCAAGAAGUGUGGGCAUAUGGCAGGCAAAGUCCUUGUGCCCAUCAGCGAACACAUCAACCGUCUAGUCGCGAUCCGCGCGCAAGCCGAUAUUAUGGGUACAGAUUUAGUAGCCAUCGCGCGUACAGAUGCCGAAGCCGCAACGCUCAUCACCACGAGCAUCGACCCACGGGACCACCCGUUCAUCCUCGGGAGCACAAAUCCGCAGCUAAAGCCCCUAAACGAUCUAAUGAUCGCCGCGGAGCGCGAGGGUAAGACGGGCGAGCAACUACAGGCCAUCGAGGACGCAUGGCUAAAGCAAGCCAACCUGCGACGCUUCGACGAAGCCGUUGCCGACACGAUUAACUCAGCACCCUCGCUAUCGAACAAAAACGAUCUGGUAAAAAAGUAUCUGGAACAGGUCAAGGGCAAGAGCCUGUUGGAGGCGCGCGCCAUUGCGCAUGGAAUCACAGGCGUAGAUAUCUACUUCGAUUGGGACGCGCCGCGCACGAGGGAAGGUUUCUAUCGGCUCAAGGGCGGAUGUGAUUGUGCGAUCAACCGUGCGAUUGCGUAUGCACCGUACUGCGAUGCUAUUUGGAUGGAGAGCAAGUUGCCCGAUUACAAACAGGCCGAAGAGUUUGCCGCUGGCGUACACGCCGUAUGGCCGGAACAGAAACUCGCAUAUAACCUCUCCCCGUCCUUCAACUGGAAAACCGCGAUGCCGCGCGACGAUCAAGAAACAUACAUCCGACGGCUGGCGAAGCUCGGGUACUGCUGGCAGUUCAUCACGCUGGCGGGUCUACACACGACGGCGCUCAUCAGCGACCGGUUCGCGCGGGCGUACGCGGCCAACGGCAUGCGGGCCUACGGCGAGCUAGUCCAGGAGCCGGAGAUGGAGGGCGGCGUCGACGUCGUCAAGCAUCAGAAGUGGAGCGGCGCGUCGUACGUCGACGAGCUGCAGAAGAUGGUGACCGGGGGCGUGAGCAGCACUGCUGCGAUGGGUAAGGGGGUUACGGAGGAUCAGUUCCAUUAG